AGUAAUUAAGUCUUUAGAGGAGCAAAAUCAGGAAAAACCAUACUUGACGAACUGCAAUUCGACCCUUCUCCUACGCAAAGGGCACCGCCUUCGUUUCUGAGUAUCUAUAUAUCUUUCGUGGCUGCUUUUAUCUGACUCAGUCGUUUCAGAUUCACUCGUUCUUCAACUCCACUGAAAAAAAAUUCCACCUUCUUCGCUACAAACCCUAGAUAUUGGAGAUUAACUUGAUGCAGUUCAGCUACCAUACUACUAAUAAGUUAUGUGCAGUUCUUGUCUCAUGCUAGUUUAGUUGUGUGACACAUGCCUAUUCAAUUUGUCUCACAAAGCUGGUCGACUAGCAAAUGAGUAUGCUCAGAUAUUUGAGUUCGGUAAUAUUAAUUAGUUUUGAAUGAGAACAUUGCCAUGCUAAAUAUAUCAUUGAAGCUGAAAAGAAAUUUUGGGUAGGAAAAAUAAAAAAGUGCAUCUUCAGAUGCAUUUUAUCCUUCGAUUUGUUCAAAGGAAAAGUGCUACCAACCUGAAAGUAUUAUAACAUUGGUUUCACCUCUUCAUUAUGUAUCUAUUUUUGGUCAGUGGUACAUUUUGAUGUUAUGAUAUAAGAAGAGAAAAUGGAGCAUAUAUCAGAAAAACGAUUUCCUCUCAAUGCCAAAGAUUACAAGUUAUAUGAAGAAGUUGGUGAAGGUGUUAGUGCCUCAGUAUACAGGGCGCUCUGCAUUCCACUCAAUGAGAUAGUUGCCAUCAAGGUUCUUGAUCUCGAGAAGUGCAACAAUGAUUUGGAUGGAAUCCGGAGAGAGGUACAGACCAUGAGCUUGAUUGACCAUCCGAAUCUUUUACGAGCACAUUGCUCUUUUACUGCUGGGCACAAUCUUUGGGUUGUGAUGCCAUACAUGGCUGGGGGUUCUUGCCUUCAUAUAAUGAAAUCUGCCUUUCCUGAGGGUUUUGAAGAGCCUGUUAUUGCUACUUUACUUCGUGAAGUUCUCAAAGCACUAGUCUAUCUUCAUGACCAUGGUCACAUACACAGAGAUGUUAAGGCUGGGAAUAUUUUGAUUGAUUCUAAUGGUGCAGUCAAACUAGCUGACUUUGGAGUGUCAGCAUGUAUGUUUGAUACUGGAGAUAGGCAACGAUCAAGAAAUACUUUUGUUGGAACACCCUGCUGGAUGGCUCCUGAGGUUAUGCAGCAAUUACAUGGAUAUGAUUUUAAAGCAGAUAUAUGGUCAUUUGGCAUAACAGCACUUGAACUUGCUCAUGGUCAUGCCCCAUUUUCCAAAUAUCCACCAAUGAAAGUUUUGCUUAUGACUUUGCAAAAUGCCCCUCCCGGUCUUGAUUAUGAAAGAGAUAAGAGAUUUUCAAAGUCUUUCAAAGAGUUGGUUGCCACCUGCUUAGUGAAAGACCCUAAGAAACGUCCAAGUUCAGAUAAGCUUUUAAAGCACCACUUCUUCAAACAUGCACGCCCUGUUGAAUAUCUUGCUCGCACAAUUUUAGAUGGCCUUGCUCCUUUGGGAGACCGCUUUAGAAUGUUGAAGGCAAAAGAGGCAGAUUUACUGGUUCAGAACAAGGCUCUUUAUGAAGAUAAGGAGCAAUUGUCUCAGAAAGAAUAUAUUCGAGGAAUUAGUGCCUGGAAUUUUAACCUGGAGGAUUUAAAAAGUCAAGCUGCUCUCAUUCAAGAUGAUGGAGUGCCAAAUGCAGAAGACCCAGAUAUAGACAAGAAGCAAAAGGAUAGAUCUGAUGACGAAAGGGUCCCAGCAGAUGGUCUAUCUUCUGUAUCAGCUAAUCAUUCAGAUGUUGCACCCACACUGGACAAAGAGGAUGGCUUUAACAAUCUUCAGGAUUUGGAGAGUUCACUUCCUUCAUUUCCUAGUAAACCUCUUCAAGCACUUAAAGGUUGCUUUGAUGUCGGUGAGGAAGAUGUCAAUAAUACCAGUCCAAGAGAUUUGGAUACUGAUUAUGGAAGAAGUAACAAUGAAUCUUCUGGGCCAAGUGGUUCAUUACCGCAAAAUGCUAUAGCUCAACAAAAAAAGUUUUUGAGUGGUUCUUUGCUGCCUGAUAAUUAUCCUUCUUCCAAAAAGGUUUUCGAUGGUGACAGGGAUUAUCUACAAACAAGGUAUUCUUCUGAGCGGAAUCAUAGCGGUCCAUUGUUAUAUCGGCAGAAGAGGGAUAAUACCAACCUUCCUUUGGUUGAUGACACAUCAGAAGGAGCUGUUGUUCAGCGUAAGGGGCGCUUUAAGGUCACAUCAGCAGAUCUCAGUCCAAUGGGUCAGGCAAACUGCGUUUGUGUCCCAGUUAGUGGAGCUCCUGCUAGUCCGCCAAAUCAGAACUCCGUGGCUGCUGCUAUUCUUCCAUCAUUGCAGUGCAUAUUGCAACAGAACAGUUUGCAGAGGGAAGAACUUAUUAAACUAAUAAAGUAUGCAGAGCAAUCUUAUGGCAAGAAUGCAGAAUCAGCGGAGGCAGUUGAUUCUUUGCAGGCACCACCGGUGACAAAUAGGGAGCGAGAGCUGUAUUUUCAGGUUGUUCAACUCCAACAGAGUCUUGGCACCCUUGUUGAGGAAUUGCAGAGACAAAAGAUGAAAAACCUUCAGUUAGAGAAACAGUUGAGCUCAAUGGCCAACAAAGUUGAAAAGUGAAGACCAAUACAAGAAAGAAAGCUUAUAACUGAGAAAUGUCUGGCGUCCAGUGAUAACAUUGGAAUUGGAUGAUGAUGAUGUUUUGCAAACACACCUGAGGGAUGAUGGCACAUCUCAGUUUGUAUCUUGCUGUAUACCAGUGUUAACUUUGUGUUUAAGGCAGACACCAAUUUUUGAGAUGCUAUCCUUGAGUCUCUUUAUAAAAUGUAAUUUAUUGACUUUAGAUAUUGAGAUUAUUAUUAUUAUUAUUAUUAUUAUUAUUAUUAAAUUUAAUACCCCCUUACCAUUUGUCUGCCUCAUUCCCCCCACCCUCUCUACCCACCAAAACAUACCCUUAAGAAUUCAAGUAAAUGCAUAUAUAUUAUUUAGCUGACCAA